AUGGAGACAUACAAAGAAAUAAUUAAAACAACAAAACUUAGAGAACUAUUCGAUAAAUCAUAUGCACACCUAGAGAGUUCGUCUAUAGAAAUUGUUUUGGGUAAUCCUUCAUGUGAUCAGGACUCAUUUAUAGGAUCGCAUAUUCUUGCUGUCAUGCUUGGGCGAGUUCCUGUCGUAAACCUAUCUAAAGAAAUAUUUAAGUGCAAGCAAGACUUAGUGAAAAUAUGCGAUAUUAUGGGCGUGUCUGUUGAUGAACUUGUAUUUCUGGUGAAAAACAAUGAUGCAUGGGUGCUAAAAAGAGGAGAUAAAGAAUAUCCUGUCUCAAAGAUAAAUAUAAAGGCCUUUCUGAUUGACUUUAACCUGCCAGACCAAGACCUCUUGCUCUCUGACGCAUUUACUGUUGAUCAUAUAAUUGACCACCAUGCACUGCUUGAAUUUAAUAGCAAGGUGCACUCUCAGCUGACAGGAAUGAAUAUUCAGCUACAUGCAGGAUCUUGCUGCUCUAUAAUAUACAGGUAUAUACGGCACGUAUGCUCCAAGACACUAGAAGAAAAGACAGGAAGUCCUGAUUACAAAUUCCUGCUGCUUAUGUCCAUCCCAAUCAUGACAGACACAAACUGCCUACAGAAAAGAACCCAUGAUAUAGACAGGGAAGGAGUGGAUAUUUCUCUGGGUAUUUCAGACGUACUAUUUGAGACAGCCAAAACCGUCAUGGAGGAACUAAAAACUCUGAAGAAAUGCGAGCCAAGUGUACCAACCAAUAUGAUUGUGCAAAUGGACUACAAGUCAUUCGACUUUCCAAAACAGUACGGAAAGAAGACAUUUGGAAUUUCGUCUGUAAAGUAUGCAUAUGAUGAGUGGGUUGCAAGAGACGGAGCAGAAAAAUGGAAGCAGUCAAUUAAAGAGUUUGUAGAAAUGAAAAAGCACGAAUUCUACAUUAUCAACUGCAAGGUGCACAACAAAAGAGAAUUCUAUAUUUACAAUCCCCCAAGCACGGAUUUUAUUGAAAAGGGAAUAUAUGAGGGAAAGCCAGUGAAUAAAAGAGCUGUCUUAAAUGACAAUGAGAUUACUGUGUACACUGUGGACACGGCCAUUAGCAGAAAAAUAAUUGCACCUAUGCUAUUUAAGUAUCUUGAGCAACAUAAAUAA